GUCGGCCAUUUCUCUUAGCGCGGGUCGCUUGGUUGUAGCGGCAGCCGCUCCGGUCACGAGGGGCGGGCAGCGGCGGAGUCGGCGGCUAGCGGGGUGCAGCGCUCGCCGGUGGUCGCGAUGAGUCUACCCCUCAACCCCAAGCCCUUUCUCAAUGGGCUGACAGGGAAGCCAGUGAUGGUGAAACUUAAGUGGGGCAUGGAGUACAAGGGCUACCUGGUCUCCGUGGAUGGCUACAUGAACAUGCAGCUUGCAAAUACAGAAGAGUACAUAGAUGGGGCGCUGUCUGGACAUCUGGGCGAAGUUCUAAUAAGGUGUAAUAAUGUCCUCUACAUCAGAGGCGUUGAAGAAGAAGAGGAAGAUGGGGAAAUGAGAGAAUAGCAUCUUGGAUUUUUUUUUUUAUAUAUAUAUGUAUUUCUAUACAAUAAAGAUUUGGGGUUCUUUUUUUUCAACUUGACUUGUGGACUAUUUAAUGCAAAGCGCAAAUGUUGAAACAAUGGAUGGAUAAUUCUUAGAACUAAAGUUUUAAAAGCCUCUCAGUUUUAUUCAAGGGACUCUUUUUUUUUUUUUGUAAUCCCACCGCUGGUUUAACUGAGACCUCAUAAAAGCAGCAGUGUUGUUUAAGGUUUCCAAACCACUUGUAACAUCCAUAAAGUUAAACAUUUUCUUAGUAUUAAUAUAUAUUGUAUUAAUAAAUCAUUAUUUCUAUAUUGACAUAGACUAAAUAAUGUAUAUUAUAGCUAAGUCAAAACAUGAAAAUUGAAAUAAUUAUGGAGAUAAAAUACAAUACAAAUUGAUAUUUAGGCUGAAGAUGUA